GGUGUGGCUGACUGCCCACGUGUUAAAUGGUGGUUAAUCAUGUACAAAUUAUUCCAGAGUAUUUCUUCAUGUCAGAGACUGAACUCCCUCCCUCCCUCCAUUUUAAACUGUAGACUAGUUCCUCUAUCCACCAGUGGGCCACUAUGUAAGGGACUGCCUCCUAGACCACGCCUACCUGGCUUCGGAUACAACAGAUCCCAAAUGGUUUAUAAACAGCACAAACAGUUUAAAUUUAUAUUUGAUGGGGAGGAUAGAGUGAAGAACAUUUGGGAAGACUAUCAGAGGAAUCACAAAGGAUCCGUACCGCCACAAAAGACCCGACGGCUUUGUAGAUCAGGUAAAAGGAGUGCUUGUCCGUUGUGUAGAAAGAAAAUAAAAGAUAUAAAAUACACAGAUGUGGCCCUAUUGAAACAGUUUAUUGAUGAACACACUGGACAGGUUAUAAGAGCAGUAAUCACUGGUUUGUGUAGGACACAGCAAAAGAAAGUUGAGGCAGCAGUUGAGAAAGCUUAUGAUCAUGGAUACUUGAGUUACACCAUACCAGUAACUAACCCUCCUUACUAUAAACCAGUAGAAACAGGAUUCAAGCAUCAUGGAGUAACAUGGAAUAGGAUUAACACUGAUGAAUAUUAAUCAAUAAAACUAGUAUAUAUGAACUAAAGGUCUAGUAUGUGAAACAGUUACUGCAGUAUGAUUCUAUUAUAAUGGUAUUAUAAUGGU